GGAAGUGUGUUCACGUAGUUUUCCUUUUGGUUUCCAUAGAUCCCGGUUCCUGGACGUAAAGCCGUGUGUCCGGUGUUCGGUGCGGGAUGGCGGACAGCGCCGGGGCUCCGGUGGCCCGGGCGGUGCUGCAGCAGUGUCUCCAGGCCAGACUCCAGGUGGAACCGGCCCGGGAGGACUCCGAGGCCCGGUACGUCCAGAUCGACAGAGGGAUGGUCAUCUACAUCUGUUUCUUUAAAGGAGCCACAGAUGAAAUCCUGCCGAAGAUGGUGUCGACGCUGCUGAACCUCCGUCUGUGCGAGUCGCCGUCGGGGAAGAUGGCGUCGGUGCUGGAGCUUCCGGGCAGCGUCCUGGUCGUCCCCCAGGCCACGCUGGGCGGGAAGGUCAAAGGUCGCGCCAUGCAGUACCACGGCAACGUGGGCAAAGAGGACGGGCUGCGGCUCUACGACACCUUCGUGGCUCUGUGUGAGAAGGAAGUGAAUGCCAGCGCUGCCGCCUCAGACGCCAACGCCACUGCCGUGACGGUCAAACAUGGGACGUACGGAAACAGACAAGUCCUGACCCUGGACACCAACGGACCAUACACACACCUGAUGGACUUCUGAAGAACGGACGGAGGACGGACACAGGACAUGGACACAGCCACCCAGGGGUGUCCAACAUAAGGCCCGUGGACCAAAACCGGGACGCCAAAGGGGUCCGAUCAGGCCCGUGAAAUGCAAAAAUGACACUGAAGAUAUUAACAAUAAAAGGUGUUCAGGUUCCACAGACAGACCGAUGUGACGACGAGUAAAAUAAAAACAAAAUAACCUUUGAAUCAUGACAAGUACAACUGCUCUCCUUGGUUUAAAGUAGAAAAAAGUUAAAUAACAUCCAAAAUAUUUACCUUUAAACUCUCCUGUCAUCUCUUGUCAUUCAUUUGAAAAUAAAAAAGACCAUGAUAAAAAAAAAACACC